AUGGGCUCCAUCACCCCCCAAUCCGAGUCCAGGCUCUUCAAGCCCUUGAAGAUCGGCAAUGUCACUCUCCAACAUCGUAUUGUCUUAGCUCCUAUGACCCGCAACCGCAACGACGACGACCACACACCUGUACCCCUCAUGGAGAAGUACUACGCCGACCGCGCCUCCACGCCCGGCACAUUAAUCAUUUCCGAGGCCACUUCUAUUUCUCACGCCGAAGAGGGACAGCGAAACAUCCCCGGUUUUGUCAGCGACCGCCAGGUUGCGGCUUGGAGCAAGAUUAUCCAAGGCGUCCACGCCAAGGGCUCUUUUUACUUCCAGCAGAUCUGGGGUGUUGGGCGAUCUUCCACACCGGACUAUAUCGCCCAGCGCGGUUUCCCAUACCGAUCUAGCAGUGAUGUGCCCAUGGAGGGUUCUGAUGCUGCUCCCAGAGCUAUGACGGAGGAGGAGAUCCUUCAGACCAUCCAGGACUUUGUUGAUACCGCCAAGAGGGUUGUUGCCGCUGGUGGGGAUGGUGUUGGGAUUCAUGCCGGAUACGGUUAUCUCCUCCAUCAGUUCCUCUCUGACGCUGUCAACAAACGCACCGACAAGUGGGGUGGUUCCAUCGAGAACCGAUCACGACUCACCCUCGACGUAGUCAAGGCCAUCGUUGCAGCAAUCGGCGCCGAGAAAGUGGCUAUUCGCCUAUCUCCAUAUGUCGGAUUCCAUGAAGCCAUCGAGUCCGACAUCUACGAGUUGUACACGUACCUCGUCGGAGAGCUCAAGAAGAUGGAUGUGAAAUUCGCAUACCUCUCUCUCAUCGAGGCGACAGGUGAUCCCGCUGUUAUUGUUCUCGGUGCCGAGGCACCCAACAAAGGCAAGACCUUGGAUUUCAUUCUCGAGGCCUGGGACAACCUGUCGCCCGUUAUCGUCGCGGGAGGUUACGAGCCCGAGACUGCGGGAUUGGCGUUGGAUGACCACUACAAGAAGUGGGAUGUGCUCAUCGCAUUUGGUCGACACUUUUUGGCCAACCCUGACUUGGUCUUUAGGGUCAAGAAUGGCGUUGAGUUGAAUAAGUAUAAUAGGGCGACUUUUUACCUCAACCCUACUGGGGGAGUAUUAGUUCGCUAUAACGACUACCCAUUUAGUAAGGAGUUCUUAAAGGUGUAUAAGUUAGAUUAG